ACUGCUCGCACAUCUUACCUGUAUUUGUCUGAGUAUCCAUCGUCAUGACUCGAGCAUGCCCGACUCAUGGCCGUGCCGUGGUCGCGCCCACGUUGUGCAGACCACUUGAGGGCUUUGCGAACCUUGCUGCGCUAAUCUCACAAAGCUGCUGGCUUACUGCACUUGCUUUCUCGGAGAUUUCCAGAGGGGAAGUUUUGGCUCCUACCCAAGCUGAAGUGCGCUCUUCUGAUCAUGACCCGGGUCAUUCUGCCGGCCUGAGGAUCGUCGUUGAAUUUUCAACUUUCGUCGAAGUCGUCGUAGUAAUCCUCUCCUUUUAAUUUGUCUGUCCCGCGUUGCGGUGAGACGUCUCGGGACACCAUAGUGCUCCAUGUGACUGUCGAGUGAAGCCCUCCCUUAUUGCUGCUUGUUUGGUGCUUCGUCCAUUCAUUAUGAAGUUCUGGUCCACUCUUUUCAUUCUUUCAUCCAGCUGCCUUGCUGGCGCAUUUCCGACUCUCUCCGCCCGCAGCC